CUCAUAAUCCUGGAUGAUAACGAACAAUACUUAAAACGAAAAUUGUCGAGCUUAGUGAAUACAUUCGAAUGUGAUGAGGUAACAAAUGUGAGCAACAGCAGUUCGGUAUCAAAGGUCAAGGUAUGUGAACAUACUGAUAACUGUAUAAACAGAGAUAUAAUCGCUCAGUUGGAAGGAGUGAAACUCGACUUAAAGACUUUAGAAUCUCGACUAUUUACUUCGAUAUCUCAGCAAGAAUCUAAGUUUGAUGAUAUCAACUCAAUGCACGUUAAGCAGAAGGAGAUGGAAUCUACUAUAAAACAAAAAAAGAUGAAGAAGUACAUAAGCUUAAGUUAG